CAUCUAUAUUUAUUAUAAUAUACAUUUAAGUACUUUGGUUUUGAAAUUACUAGAACAUAUAUGUGUCAGUGAUUUUUGUGUAUCGUCUUCACCUAUGGUAUUUUCAAAUGUUAAGUCAAAGUUACAUAAAAUGGAACGCAACGGCAAAGAAGUGAGCGCGCAUUUUAUUGAAAAUGAAAACAACAUAUCUAAUGAAGAUUCCAGAUACCCCAGCAAUGAAAGCAUUAACAACAAUGGAAAUAUUCCACUGGGAAGCCGAUUAGAUAGAGAAAUUACUCCACAAAGAAAUAGCUCAUCUAGAACACAUGACAAAAGUCGAUCUCAAUCUUUAUUUAAUAUAUCAAAAUUUCACAAGACCAUAUCAAUGAUUGACGACAACCACUUAAAUGGAAUUGAAGAAAGUCCGAGGGAGAAAAGUUAUCGGAGAGGAUCGCUGCCCAUCGAUCAGUCGAAUACUUCAAGUACAAUUAGCAUGAAGGAUGCAUUUGGACCACAACUCACCGAUGACUCUCAUUUGAAUCUACCUGGUACUCCACUGCCAUCUUUAGUUCAAGAAAACGAAGAUUUUCCAGAUAGUUCAGCGCCCGAAACUCCAGUAGAAAGAGAACAAGUUUUGGAUCCAGAAAGUCUAUAUUUCAGAGAUGGUCGAAGGAAAAUAGAUAUGGUUUUAGUAUAUGAGGAGGAGGAACUUGGUGUGAUGACGGAAGCGGAAGCAAAAAGAAGAGACAAAAGAAAGUCAUUCCAGGAGAAUCUAAUAAAGGAGGGUUUGGAACUAGAAUUAGAACACAAAGAUUUAUCAUUUGACGGAAAGACGUGGUUUCUGAAGAUUCAUUUACCGUGGAAAACGAAAACGAGGUACGCAGCUUUAAUGGGAAUGAAACUGCCUAUCAAAAGGUUUAUUACAAUAUCUGUAAAAGCAUGGGAUGAUAAGAAGGAGUCCAAUAAAGUAGAAACCAUGUAUUCGAAAUGGCAGAAACGAUGGAAGGAGUUUUUCGAAUUCAAUCAUGAUCUUAUCAACAAAGAACCAUCUUUUUACGAUGCUACUGAAGGAGGAGAUAGGGAAGAACAAUUUGUAGUAAAAGACCGAGUAACUGAAUAUUCACCUGCACAGAGAAGUUUAAUAGUAAUGCAGAUCCUCUUGAGGGUUAAAUUCGAUGAUACUGAUAAGGUGGGGAUUAGAAGGCUUUUAAAUGAUUCCACCUACAUUGCUUGUUUUCCUUUACACGAAGGCAGAUGGAAUAAAGAUACCAGUGAUGGGAAAAUUCUAGACCGACGGAUGCUGUACUUAGAAUGGGCUAGGCCGGCCAAAUGGAUGAAAAGGCAACCACUUAAUCUAGUACGAAAAUAUUUUGGAGAUAAAAUAGGUUUAUAUUUUUGUUGGUUAGGUUAUUAUACAAAAAUGCUUUACGCCCCAGCUGUAGUGGGAACUAUAUGUUUUUUGUAUGGGAUUUUUACUAUUGAUAGUAAUGACAAUAUUGCUACAAAAGAAAUUUGUGAUAGAAAUGGUCCUGGAAAUAUAACAUUGUGUCCAAUGUGCGAUAGAGCAUGUAAUUACCAGAAAUUGUACGAAAGCUGUAAAUUUGCUAGGUUAACGUAUUUAUUCGACAACCCUGCUACAGUGUUUUUUGCAAUUUUUAUGAGUCUGUGGGCUACCGUAUUUUUGGAAAUGUGGAGAAGGAAACAGAGUGUCAUACAAUGGGAAUGGGAUCUUCAAGCAACUGAUCAAGAUGAGGAGCCCAGGCCAGAAUUUGAAACAAGUGUCAAAACCUUUAGAACUAAUCCAGUAACUAGAGACAAAGAGCCUUAUUUGCCAACUUGGACAAGGGUCGGCAGAUUGGCUAUAACGGGGUCAGUAGUAUUUUUUAUGGUAUGUGUAAUAUUAUGUGCAGUAUUAGGAACAAUAAUUUAUAGACUGUCUUUAGUAUCAGUAAUCUAUGGAAGUAAAUCAGCCUUCUUACAAAAACAUGCCAAAAUCGUUACCUCUGUUUCUGCUGCCGUUAUUAAUUUAAUAAUUAUUAUGUUUUUAACUAAGUUUUAUCAUAGGUUAGCUAUAUACUUAACUAAUUUAGAGAGCCCUAGGACACAAACCGAAUACGAAAACUCGUAUACCUUUAAGAUAUUCUUUUUUGAAUUCAUGAACUUUUAUUCUUCUUUGAUAUACAUCGCAUUUUUUAAGGGUAGAUUUUAUGAAUACCCCGGUGAUACUGUAACUAGGCAAUCUGUAUUUUUAAGAGUUAAAGGUGAUAUCUGUGAUCCAGCUGGUUGUUUAAGUGAACUUUGCAUUCAGCUGUCAAUUAUCAUGAUAGGAAAACAAAUAUUUAAUAAUUUUGUGGAGCUUUUUAAUCCAGCAUUUUACAAUUGGUGGCGAAUGAGAGCACAUAAGUCCAAUACGAAGGAUUUGACUAGACAACAUACCAGGUGGGAGGAAGAUUAUCAUCUACAAGAUCCAGGAAGGCUGGCUCUGUUUGAUGAGUAUUUAGAAAUGAUUCUCCAGUAUGGAUUCGUCACUCUCUUUGUAGCUGCAUUUCCUUUAGCUCCAUUAUGUGCCUUGUUAAAUAAUAUAGCUGAAAUAAGAUUAGAUGCUUAUAAAAUGGUGACCCAAGCCCGAAGACCGUUAGCGGAACGAGUUGAAGACAUUGGUGCUUGGUAUGGAAUACUUAGAGCAAUAACAUACGCAGCUGUUGUCUCCAAUGGAUUUGUGAUAGCGUAUACUAGCGAUUUCAUUCCAAGAAUGGUGUAUAAGGUGAAAUACUCACCAACAUUUACUCUGACUGGAUAUAUAGAUGCUUCAUUAUCAACUUUUAAUACGAGCGACUACAGAGAGGAUAUGAGAGCUGAUAUACCAAAUCCCCCAGACAUUUGUCAGUAUAGAGGUUACCGUAAUGCACCCAACGAAACUGAUCCCUAUGGACUAAGUCCUCAAUAUUGGCACGUCUUCGCAGGAAGACUGGCAUUUGUUGUGGUGUUUGAGCAUGUCGUGUUUGCUUUGGUUGGAAUUAUGCAGUACGUCAUUCCAGAUAUACCAUCAGAGCUAAAAACUCAAAUCCAACGAGAAACUCUGUUAGCCAAAGAAGCCAAAUAUGAGCACGGUUUGAAGAAGAGCGACUACGAUUACGAAGAACUGAUGCAAACUUUCCGGGAUAACAAUAACACAUCGAGGGGUGAAAACCGAGCAGGUAUGCGGGGUUCUUGGGCGAGAAGAUUGAGUCGAUUAUCCGAUGGACUAGAUGCACACGUAGAAGUGACCACUCGGAAAAGAAAUUCGGUAGAAAACACAGUUUGGGAAGCGUCCUAUUGAUAUCUACUACUACCUUCUAGUAAAAUAAGUCUUAACUGUUUUUUACUGUAUUUAUUAUAUGUUUCGUUUUCGAAUGGUGGUUUUUAUUAGAUGUAUUACAGUAUGAAGAUGAAUAAAAGUAUUUCAUAAUGA